AACGCCAGCCAUGUACCUAUAUGUUCGCUGGAAAUUGCGAGAUUUAAGGGUAAAAAUGUCUUUUUAAGUUUGUGGAAAAGGCAGCCUUAUCGCCCCCUCUGCUUCUCCAAUUUCGUUUCACCUUCUGUUGGCACCAGAAAUGGCAGCUGUUGCUGUCCUCAACAAUCUCGUGCUUUACAAAUCCAAAUCCACUAAAACUCGGUCUGGCUGCAGCCGACUCGUCUCUAACUCAAUAAAAUGCUCCGUGGCGACGGGGGAGGAGACUCGGCGAGUUACUGUAAAGAACGGGAACGAUUCGCUCGACAUUUGUAGGGUCCUCAAUGGCAUGUGGCAGACCAGUGGAGGCUGGGGCAGAAUCGACAGAGACGAUGCCGUCGAGGCCAUGCUCCGGUACGCCGACGCCGGUCUCUCUACCUUCGACAUGGCCGACCACUAUGGGCCUGCUGAAGAUCUAUAUGGCAUCUUUGUCAACAGAGUUCGUCGGGAGCGCCCACCAGAAUACUUGGAUAAGAUCAGAGGUCUCACUAAAUGGGUGCCACCACCAGUUAAGAUGACAAGCAGCUUCGUUAGAGAGAGCAUCAAUGUAUCAAGAAAGAGAAUGGAUGUGUCUUCAUUGGAUAUGCUUCAAUUUCAUUGGUACUGGUCUUGAGUACAUUAUGUCAUACUUCUUAUGUCAAUUUAGAGUAAUUAGCUAGCUAUGGCAACAUAAGGCCUGCAGAUUAAUGAUAUUGAACCCUUUUGUCAAGACAAGCUUGUAUUGUAUAGACAGUGUCCUGAAAGGAGGGUAAGAUUUUUAACAGCCUUUAUUAGUGGUGCUGAAAGGAGGAUAAGCUUGUAUUGGAGCUGUAAUUUUGGAUUGAGUUCUAUCCGUUGAUUAUCUAUUCAUUCUUUUGUACAACUCUUAUCUGAUAGCAGCCUUUAUUAGUAGUGUUGCUUUGUAUACUUGUUAUUGGGAAUAAGAAUUCACAUUUUAU